AUGGAGAUGUCGAUAAUAUUCAAGAUUCUCGCGAUCUGUGGUGUCUGGCGACCGAUCACGUGGUCGUCGCGAUUUAAAACAGUGGUGUACAGCAUCUACACUAUAUUUGUGUUGUGCGUUUCCGUCAACUUCACACUUACUCAGUUGAUUGCCGCGUUGAUAGCGGACAACGUGGACGAUUUCAUCGAGACGACUUAUAUACUUAUUACCGCGAUGGUCGCCUGUGGCAAAAUGGGAAACAUGCUGGUUUACCGGAAAAAAUUCAUAGAGAUAAUAAAGAUUUUUCACGAGGAACCCUGCGCCACGUCGGAUACUGAGGAAAUGAAAACUCAGAUGAAAUGCGAUAAGCAGAUACGGAAUAAUACUAUACAGUAUUUGAUAAUGAUAGAAACGUCAGUUAUGACAACUUUAUUAAACUCCAUUAUGGUCGACAUUGGAAACAACCGACUAAUGUACAGAGCCUGGAUACCUUACAAUUAUUCGUCUACAGUUUUUUAUCCGUUAACAUAUGGCCAUCAGGCGAUAGGUCUAUUCUAUUUGUCAUUGCCUCAUGUCGCCAUCGAUGUACUCUUCUUCGGAUUGCUGAUGCAAACUUGUUGCCAAUUCGAAAUCCUCGAAUCUCGCUUGAACCGCAUAAAAACGAACGAAAAGAUGACACUUAGAAAUUGUCUUCGUCAUCACAACAACAUUUACGAAUUAGCCACGAUGACGAACAACGCGAUGAACGUAACGAUUUUCGCGCAAUUUUUCGGAAGCUUCCUGGUGCUGUGCUUAAGCCUAGUUCAGUUAUUGAAACAAGAUAUAAUGAGCGCCGAUUUCUUGGCGACGAUAUUGUAUCUGAGCACGAUUUUGAUACAGAGCUUUCUGUACUGUUGGUACGGGAACGAAGUCAAAUUGAAGAGUAUCUAUAUGGCACAAGUGAUUUUUCAAACCGACUGGACAGAAAUGAACGAACGCACUAAGAAGAUUCUCAUAGUCGCAAUGGCACGCACAACAUCGCCUAUAGUGUACGAGAGCGGACAUAUUGUGACGGUGAACCUCGACUUCUUCGUGAUUCUGAUUAAAAGCUCUUACUCUCUGUACAACGUACUACAAACAACUAGGAAAUAUGUCUUCAUAUUGGAAGGGAGGAUGCAUAAACUUCCCGUGUCUUUUGCUCUGUUCACCAUAGCUGGCUACUGGAGACCGGAGGAGUGGCCAGUCCAUUCCUUUCGAUACUGGUUGUACAACGUUUACUCGGCGUUAAUGAUACUUUCCUUGUACUUUUACACGUUCUGCUACUUCAUAGACUGCAUGAUCAUCCAGGAUCUCGAAUCCGCGACCAUACAAUUCUCUGUGUUCAUCUCGGUGGCAGGUGUCUGCGCCAAGGUUGCCAAUCUGUUUUUUCAGCGUGGAAAGAUUAUAAACAUAGUGAACACUCUGGUGCAGGGGAACUGUUUGCCGAGAGACGAAAAGGAGAGGAUCAUUCAGCGGAAGUUCGAUGACUAUGCCAGAAACCUGACAGUAUGGUGCGAGAUCCUGAACGAGUCAGCCGCAGUGUUCGCAUCCCUGGCGCAAUUCAAAGAAUUAGUAAGGGCGAGAAAACUGCCCAACUUCGAUUGGUCGCCAUUUAAUCUGGCAUCACAAAAAGCAUACGUAUUCGGUUUGAUUCAUCAUACGUUCAGUCUGAUGGUCUGCGCGAACACCAGCGUGGCCAACGAGUCGCUGAUCUCUGGACUGAUGAUUCAAGUUUGCUCACAGUUUGAAAUUUUCUGUCAUCGAGCGCGAAAUUUGCCCUCUGCUCUUCUGGAGGCGGAGAGGAUCUGCACGUCCAUGCAGGACUUGAGGAACAGAAGAAUGAGAAUUCUUGGGGACUUGGUCCGGUAUCACCUGGAGAUUUAUGAACUCGCAGGAGUUGUCAACAAGAUAUUUCAGUACAUUAUUUUCCUCCAGUUCUGCAUAAGCUCGACCGUGCUGUGCUUAAUUAUUUACAUCAUGUCAACGAAAUCCACGCUCGAUGCUGAACUCGUUUGGAGCAUCUCUUACCUGGGCUCUAUGCUCGUGCAGGUGUAUCUAUAUUGCUGGUUUGGAAACGAGGUGACGUUGAAGAGUAGGAGCGUGGGUGACGCCAUUUACGAAAUGGACUGGACGACUCUCCCAACUAGUGUAAUGAGGGAUUUACUGACUAUCAUGACAAGAACCAAGGAACCUGUCGUAAUGUCAAGUGGUCACGUCGUCUCUUUGUCUACAGAAUCCUUUAUGGCAAUCAUGAAAAUGUCGUAUUCGUCGUACAACCUCUUGAAAGACAGUUCGUAAUGAGUGAACAAAUUGCAUCAUCGAAGAUCGCCAUCUCGCAGACUCCACAAUCCAACAAUACAAACAGUAAUGUACUUAUAGAAUUUUCAUGAAAACAUUUAAGUAUUUCAUUUGUUUUCUCGAACGUGAUGAUUCACAUAUAUCUAUUCUACUAUGUUGUCAUGAUCGCAUGAGAGAA